GCAAACGGGAUCCAGAGAGGAUCGCGCCUUGCUUGCUAAGGAACCAUGACCGGUCCGGACGCGCUUUCCGACGGGCGCAUUAGCAGCAGGGCGCUGGUGCCUGGCGGUUCCCCCAGGGGCUCGCGCCCCCGGGGCUUCGCCAUCACGGACCUGCUGGGCUUGGAGGCCGAGCUGCCGGCGCCCGCCGGCCCGGGACAGGGAUCCGGCUGCGAGGGUCCGGCGGCCGCGCCGUGCCCAGGCCAGGGGCUUGACGGCUCCAGCCUGGCGCGUGGGGCCCUCCCGCUGGGACUAGGCCUCCUCUGUGGCUUCGGCACGCAGCCGCCGGCGGCCGCUCGAGCGCCCUGCCUGCUCCUAGCGGACAUGCCGUUCCUGCCGCCCAGGGACCCCGAGCCCACUGCCCCGCAGGCUCUCAGCCGUCCGCCGCCUGCGCUCGGCCGCCAGAAGCGCAGCGAGAGCGUCUCGACGUCCGAUGAGGACAGCCAGUCUGAAGACAGGAAUGACCUAAAGGCAUCCCCCACCUUGGGCAAGAGGAAGAAGCGGCGGCACAGGACAGUUUUCACUGCUCACCAGCUGGAAGAGCUGGAGAAGGCGUUCAGCGAGGCCCACUACCCUGAUGUGUAUGCCCGAGAAAUGCUGGCUGUGAAAACUGAGCUCCCUGAAGACCGGAUACAGGUCUGGUUUCAAAACCGCAGGGCCAAAUGGCGCAAGCGGGAGAAGCGCUGGGGCGGCAGCAGCGUGAUGGCCGAGUACGGGCUGUACGGGGCCAUGGUGCGCCACUGCAUCCCGCUGCCCGACUCCGUGCUCAACUCCGCCGAGGGCGGCCUGCUGGGCUCCUGCGCGCCCUGGCUCCUGGUGCAAACUUCUGCUCCUGGAGGCUCCCGUUCACUGGACUUUGCAGGAGACACACAGGCUCCCCAAACCCCGCUGUGGUGCCUGAUGACAUUCAGCUGAACCCUGUAAUGCUGCUAAAGUCUGUCCCUCUGGAGAAGUGCUCAGGUAGCAUUGUUCUGCCUCAGGAAGCAUGCCGAUUUUCCUGUGUCAUCCUCAAUGAUCACUGCUACCAGCUUGCACCCCGAUGUGCAAGGAAUUCAACAACCUGGGAGUUGAAAGCAUUGGUCUCCCAAGUUCAGUGUGUUCUUUCCCAUAUCUGUUACCAGCUGAUGAGAAUAAACCUGCAGUCAUGACAGCUAGGUCCAAGUGGUGCAGAAAGCUGCUCUUACAGAAACGCCCCUCCUUAUUAAGAGGCUUUGUCUAUCACUCGGAACUGCUUGUACGCAAGAUUAUCUGUUGAAAGGGAACUGUCCAUACCAGGGCAUUGUUCUGACUUUUCUGGACUUCCUCAACCCAAAAUGCCUUGAAGAAAAAAAAAAAAGACACCGAGUGUUAGGGCAGGGUCUCACUCUGUCUCCAGGCUGGAGUGCAGUGGCACGAUCAUAGCUCACCACAACCUCUAACUCCUGGGCUGAAGUGAUCCUCCCACCUCAGUCUCCUGUGUUGCUAGGAUUACAGCGUGAGCCACUGCCCCAGCUACUCCAACUUAAGAGUUUCCCCAAGACUGGCUGCCCUUCUCCUCUCUUUCCAUCAUGAAUGACACAUGGGCAUCCCCUUCGGCCAGCAUGGCUGACCUGUGCCUGCCCAGGUGCUCAGCUUGGCACCCAUGUGAGUUUGCAGCCUGAAAUUUUAAGUGGAGAAGUUUCUGUGCUUUUCUGCCUUGGUUCCUCUUACUGACCCUGUAAGUCACCAGCCGUAGUCGUCUCCUCUUUAACCCCUGAUCUCAACCUGGGCUUUGAAAUGUGUUUGUUCACAUAAUUGUCCGUUACCCACCCUUCCUGUCAUUGCAGUAUCUGUUGUCUCAUACUGACAUUUUAGGACUUUUCCACUUUCUUCUGUUGAAGAUCACCUACUAAAAAGAAGUACUUCCUCCUUUUCAUUCUUUCUUUAUAAGAAUUAAUUAAAUUUUAAUUGACAAAUAAAAAUUGUAUAUAUUUA